AUGGCAAUAUAUUCUGCACGAAAUUGUGCAUGGGACGCCUCCUUAGGGCCAGCUUGCAAGGGGCCCUUCGCUCCAGCCGGCAUGAAAGGCCCUCGAAGGCAGCCCUCCGUCAGGGGGUUCUGCUGCUGCGCAGCAACCGCAGCAGCAACAACAGCAGAGCCUAAAGAGGCGCACGACUGGGAUGCCGCAAGCGAGGAUUGGACCGGCGCCUCGCGAGAUGCCGUUGAGGAGGAGCGUCUGCAAGAUGCUCUUGUGACUUUGUCUGAAGCUCCAAGGCCCGAACAUGCAGCCCUCUGGCUUGGAGGUGGUCUAAAGAGGGCGGCAGCUGCCUCCCUUGCUGAGGAAGCCUCAGAAAAUUCUGUCGUCUCCGAGCUCCUGGAGAGGGAACUGGAGGGAGACAGCUCCUUGCCAGUCCCUCUGCAGAGACGGGGCCUCAAAGCCACCCCACUGGCAGCCUACAGAGCUCCCGAAGGCCUUUUUCAAAAGCAGCAGAGACACGCUUCUUUGCUACAGCGCCUUGCACUCGCUGAAAAGAUUGCAGCGGAGGCACCCCGCAGCGGCUACGGGCGUGGAGAGGCCUUGUUGCCUAGAGACAAGCGCUUGCAAUUAGUCGCUCGAGAGGCGGGACGGCAGCAAAGGGGCAGGAGGCCCUUGACUGCUGCUGAACGUGAUGCAGACGUGUACCUUGACGAGACUGCUGUUGCCUGUGCAGCUCUCUCUGAUGCGCGGGCUAUGGGGGCUGCUCUUCUUGCAUGUUCUCUUUUUGUGCCGUCGCAGCGUAGGGGGCCCCUUCACGGCAUGGCUGUCACGAAGAUAUGCGACAUAGACAGUCUAAGGGCCGCUGACUUGAACCGAGGCUUCAUGCUUUUAUUGGUGCAGCAACUGCCUGCUGAGGUGGUCCUGCAGCUCCUGACAAGGAUCGGACUGUACAGGGACCGCCCCUGCCAGAAAGCAUACGAGGCGCUCUCUCGCGAUUUUUCACAGGUGGUAUCUCGUUGCCUGGAGCAGCAGCGAACCCCUGCAGCAGGUGCAGCAGCAGCUGCAGCAACGGCAGCAGCGCUGCUCACACGAAGUAUACAGACACUGCCCCUUCCGUGGGCGGUCGAUUACGUGCGGCGCUUUGGGGCUUUCUCGAAGGCCUUCCUCGCGCGGCACAUUGAGAGAGUCACCAAUCCUAGGUUCUUUGACUUCGUCCGAUAUCAGCAACACGGCGGGUUGCGGCCCCUGCCGGCUAUUGUGCGGCAUCCGUAUCGCCUUUCCUCUUACGUGCAGCUGUUAGGGGAGUGUUCUGUUAAGAAGUAUCUCUACACACACCUCAAGAGACACGGAGUGUUGCCGCCGCAGCAGCUACUGCAGCAGCAAAGCGCCAGGAGAGGCAGAAGGCGGGAAGAGGAGGUCCCCCGUCCCCCCGUUUACGACCUUAUUCUCGCAGCCGAGCACAUGGGUGUCGACUACACGGAGCUUAUAAAGUCGCAGACUUUUCCUUUGUCGACGCACAGACAGGUACGUUGUGAAGUGUCUCGGGCUGCUGUUGCUGCAGGAGCUGCAUAUGCAGUGAGCCAAGAAGAGGGGUGGAAGGCGCUGCCCUCCGGGCCUGAGGCAUCAAGGCCAUGGGGACCGAGGCGGCGGCACAGGCCUCAUGCAAUCUUGCGGGAGAGGCGGAGACGACGAGAAGCUGCCUCUCUGGCUCUGCGGGAGCAGCUUCUUGGACGUUUGCCAACUCAACAGGAAGAAGCAUCAGCAGCAUCAGCAGCAGCAGCCACAGUGUCAGCUGCCGCAGCAGCCGCUGCGGCGACAUUUUAUCGGCGAGUGGCUGCCGCUAGUGCUGCUGGCGCUGCUGCUAUCAGCAUAGGAUCCCAGGGACCUCAGGACCGUCCGCAGCCAAAGCCGCAUCAUCUCAUUGAACAUGCACAGUCAGCAGAGGGCGCAGCAGGAGCUGUGGCAACGUGCGAUUGCCGCCGUGGCGGCCAGACGUUUUACUGCAGAGCAACAGAUGGAGAAGCCAAAGACAUCCCCACUAGAUCAAAGGGGUUUUUGUUUGCACAUCUUGAUAGGGCGUGGACACUAAUUUCUGAAGACGCGAACUGCCUUUGGACUGCGUAUUGUACUGUAUCAGGCUACUGGACACCACCUUGUGAAGCCACCGAUGCAUCCAGCGCACGCUUCCGGACCAAGGAGAAGCAGCAGCGCCGGCGUUCAGCAGUGCCAUGUAGUGAGCAAGCAUCAGGAGGAGUAUUCGAAGCACACGGAAGACUCAAUCGACAAGGUCCUGCGGCAUGGCCGACAGCAUGUGUCAGAUGCUGCAGCAGACGAUGCAGAUGUGGCGUCGGUUGCGCAAGCGCGGAGUUUGAGCUUACCGCUUGGAGAAGGCCCCCAGUCGCACGUCUUAAAGGACAGCAAGCCUGUCACUGCGAUAGGCGAGAGCAAAAUCAACAGAGCAGGCAGUUCCUGUAA